ACAUAUGAUCCAAUUUGUUUAUCUGAUAUGGAGUCCGAAGAUGGAUGGAUCCCUAAAAAAGAAGGUCCAGAACUACCCGUAGAUCAUUCAUGGAUGGACAUUGAAGAGUGCUUUAAAGUUGAUGGAACGGUUGGGAAAAAGAGAAAGAGAGGGUGGAGGAACUUGAAUGCUUAUGGCCGAAAAAAAGGAAAAAUGAAAGCAAGUGAGUUGGGUGAUGAAGAUGAAAUUGAAGUGCUUGAUGACAAUGAAGUCAUUGAACUCGAGGGAGAGGAAGAGGAAGAAGAGUUUGAUGAAGCGAGUAUGGCGGAUGAUGAUGAUGUGGAGGAACUUGACCUUGAAGAUGAUUGAGGAAUGAUUAAUCAAAACUAUCUUGGAGCUUAUUUACUAGUUUAAUUGUGUUUGAAACUUUGAAUGUUCUUUUUUGAUGCAAGUUGCAAGUUGCAAGUACUAUCGUUAUUUGCUAGGGCUUACGUUACGCUAUUAAGUAUUUGAAAUCUUGAAACUUGUGGAUCUUGUGUUGAUUAUAAUUGCAUGUAUGGCAUAACUAUAUUGGUUUUUGAACUUUUUAUUGCCAUUUAUGUAGAAAUAUAGACCACGGAGGGAUUCAGACCCACAUCUCUUGCGAUAAAAGCAAGUGUCUUGCCUAUUUAGACCACGUGAUCAUCUAUUUAUCUUUUAAAAUACUAUCUUUAUUGAUUCAAACAUGAAAUAUACAUUUUGUAUGCAUUUUA